UGGACAAUUUAUUUCCCAGUGCAAAGUCAACAUAACACAGCAAACGUACAACAAUUAUUAACAUUUUCUGGGGCCCUCAUGAGUCUGGAGAGUCAGUCAGUGGAGGAGAGGAGCUCCGGGAGCAGGCUCAACUUUCCCCGGGACACACGUCAUGACUCUCUACCACGGCCGUCUGCCGUCGCUCGGAGUGCCAUCCUCGGCUCUGAGCCUCUCUGGUCCCCCGCUGAUCUACUUGUAUGGUGGAGACAGGGGAGGGGUCGUGCCUGCUGCCCUGAGCUUUGUGCCGGCCCGCCAGGAGCCUCCGCAGAAGCCGCCCUACAGCUACAUCGCGCUCAUCGCCAUGGCCAUCAAGAGCGCACCGGAACAGCGCGCAACGCUCAGCGGCAUCUACCAGUUCAUCAUGGACCGGUUCCCCUUUUAUCACGACAACAAGCAGGGCUGGCAGAACUCCAUCCGCCACAACCUCUCCCUGAAUGACUGCUUCAUCAAGGUGCCCAGAGAGAAGGGCCGGCCCGGCAAAGGCAGCUACUGGACGCUGGACACGAAGUGCCUAGAUAUGUUUGAGAACGGAAACUACCGCCGGAGAAAGAGGAAGGCGAAGAGCCAGCAGGAGCCCCUGGACCCCAAAGCCGCUGGACACAAGCGCACCAAGGGACCAUCCAGGGACCCUCGAUCCUCUCUGAGACCUCAUUCUGGCUCGGGGAUAACAGAGGUACCAGCGAGGCAGGAUACGGAGAGGAUGGAGACACAACCAGACACCAAAGCUGUUCUUGUAGAAUAUAACCACGCUGAACAGCCGCAAACACCCCCCAUUCAGAGACUUAACGUGUCCCCCAACCAAGACACCCUUGCGUCCAAUGGGAGGAGGCUUGACGCCCCCCUACCAGAGCCAUGUCCCGCGCCGAGACACGCUUCGUUGUGGAUGGACGGUGUGAAUCUCCCAGACGCGUCCCUCCGCCGAGAGGCAGAGGCCAGAAGGUCAGCGUUCAGCGGAAGACAAAGAGAAAGAGGUCCGCUCUGCGCCGUCAGCUGCGCAGGAAACACAACGUUGGCUUCACUUGCGCAGGACAGGCCGAAAGGAAAUGUUGUGAGCAGGGAUAAAUCAAAAGCUUUUAGCAUUGAGAGUAUCUUAUCGAAAAGUGAAGACGAAAUGCGAAGCAGCAUCCUCAGCUUGUCAGCGGAGACAUGCGCAGAGCGCCAAUGCCCCGCUCUCAGUUCGUCUGUGGUCCUCGGUGCUCGACCGCAUCAGUUUUACCAGAUGGGAUUCCCCUUUUGCUCUUACCUGGCACUCGCCUACCCCGACAAAGUACUGCAUUUUAAAUGAGGACACUGAAUUUAUACUUUGAUGGAUUUUACGCAUGGAUGCGUAAAAAAUGUCUGUAAAGCUUUGCAUGAGUUACUAUGAGACAGCUUACUGUUCUGCUUACUGUUUUUUCUGGAUUUCUGCCAUCUUCAUCAUCUAAAGUACUGUUCAGACAAUGAAAAUGAGCAGCAGGGAGGUUUAAGAUUUUAGACAUUUUUACCCAUGUAUAAUUGUCAGGUUUGUGGAUAUUUUUACCUGUUGCUCCUCAAAGUCUGGCUGUGCAAUUUAAUGCAUGAUACAACAAUGGGGGAAUAGUAUAUAAGGAUGUCGUCAUUGUCCUGUGACUAUACAUAUAAAGCUCAAAUAUGUAGUAUUUCUCUCUUCAUACAUGACUAAGAAAAGACUUAGUGUAAAUAUGGUUGCGUAAUCCAAAGAAGUAUCUUGAAUGUCGUGGCUAGCCCCGUGUAGCCUUCACAGUAUCUUGGCACUCUGGAGAUACAGUACAAUAUGAGAAUAAAGUUUAGCUCAAUAAUGUAAUCAAAUUAUAUUUUACAUUCAACUCUGACCUGGAUUUUAUGUGCAAAAUAAAGUUUAGUUCUGUAAUAAAAUGACAGCAUGCUUUAUUUAAAAUUGUGAGUAAAACUAGAACCUAAAGUUCUUCAUUUUUGUAAUAGAUUGUUUUUGAAAAACAAAAACAAAUAACUUGUUUAACUGAUUACUUUUCAUUUAAGAUCUGAAGCUUAUGGUGUUCAUUGAGGAUUGUCAAACCUCAUUGUAGAGGACUGUGGUUUUGAGUUUUGCUGUUUGCGUCCUAGAUUUAGUAAAAGAAACAUCCAAAGUGACCAGAUACAGAUAUCAGGAGACAUCCAGGAUGUUGAGAAUAUUUUCUUGGAAGAAGUUGUAUCAACUUCAGAUUGAUGAGAAGAAUCAUCAUUAAGGAAACAAAGAUGAGGAUUACAGAGCAUUUCAAUAUCCACUUACGUCCCCUGGGCUCUCCAAAAACAUAUGGACCAAAAGUUCGGACUCAUGAUAAAUCCACUGUGAAGGAGAAUUACACUGCACUCUAGUUUAAAAAACAAAAACAAAACACAUUUUUGCCAUGUUUUCACCCCCUUGCAGUUUUAAGCAUCUUGGCUUUCGCUGGUAAUUACACAGACAACCAAUGUUGAGUUGAGCUGUUCAUGAAUGUCCACUUUUUCAGAUUUAUAUUGAAAUUUCUGUCAGCUGAUUUUAUGACAGCAUUCAGUAAUCAGUGUUUCCGCCCUUUUUGUAUUAGAAGAGCCUAUGAAAAUGAGAGAGGUCACUGUAUUUAAAUCCUCAUAGUACAAUUUGUGUUACUAAUGGUGAUACCUAACAUUGAUAAAAUUGAUAUAUACUGACAAUACUGACCCUGGAUCAUGUUGAGAGUAACAGCAUUCUUUGAAAUAAAAGCACAAGCUGACAGAACGAGUUCUUUCUUUGGAUUUUUCAAAUAAAGUCAGUAAAUUUGACCAAUAAAUUCUCUUAACUCAAGGUCCAGUUAUUAGCUGUUAAGAGCGUUCAAUCGCAUCACAUGGUCUUCCUCAGUAGAUGGAGCUCGCUCAGUUGUCAUGCUCCUUUCAUUACCGCGCAAACUCCAUCCGCUGAGGUCGACUGCAAGAUGCAGAUUUCUUUUUCCAAGUUUGAAGAUGCCCUGUCCACCUGGUUCCCUGACUAAAUUCUCUAUAAAUCACUAUAAAUGACUAU